AAAAUUAUAAACUUAAAACACCCAAACUGUAUAAUUUUUUACAACUUCAGCUCCUGCCAUUACAACAUCUUGUCGUUUUGUCCUCAAUUAUGAAUUAUCUACUCCACUUCGUCUUCUUCAUCAUAAGUGAGAGACUCCUUCUCGAUCCUCCUUUCUCCUUCUCGAUCCUUCUUUCCCUGUCUCUCCCCCAAUUCAUCGACUCCACCACUGAACAAACACCACUGAACAAACACACCCCUUCUUUCCCUUGUCUCUCCCCCAAUUCAUCGACUCCACCCCAAUCCUCCUCUGUAAUUUUUAGGGUUUCUCUUCUCUCCAGUUUGAAUCUCAUCUGCAGCGUUCGAUUGAUCGAUUUAGGCGGAUGAACCGCAGUUCUCAUUUUGUUACCUUAUCUCCCCCAAAUCAGAUCGAUCUAAACCCUAAGAAAAGCCCCCUUUCUUGUUUUGCCUCUUGCAUGGAGCAUUAGACUAUGCCCCUUUCUUGACUCCUCUGCUAAUCUCCAUCUCCCAGCCGAUCAGAGCUCCAUUCCAUGAAAAUCACAGUCUCACCGACACCAAGGAAGGCCCCUUUGUCCAUAGUUCAUGCGGCCAGGCGGAGAAGCUCAACGGUGUUGGCGGACUUGCUGAGUUGCUGUAGAGGACGAUGAGAGGAGCCGAUGUCUCUGUGGAGGAUGUCGACGAGGUUGAGUAAGGAGGCCCAGAUCCCAUUUCGACGGCGAAGAAGAAGAUGGUGACGGCGGAGAAGAAUGGAUACUGCGGCGGCGGGGACGAGGCACACAUGCAUGAAGCUCGAGAAUUACACCCCUGCGAGCGAACCAGUCUUCGUCAAGGGAACGUGGUUCGAGGGUCGCUUCGACCUCUCCAUCACCGAAGGCCUCCACUCUUGGGUCUGCCACGCUAGGGAAGAGGAUGCGAGAGAUAGAGCGGCGCAGUGGGUCAGCCAGUAUCCGAGUAUAUCCAAUUGGCGGAGAAGCACCUGGGGUUUCAAAUCCCUGGCUCGAUCUAGAGGUUCGACAAUGCCGGCGAUGGCUGCAAACGAGCUUAACUCAGAAGAUCUCUGCUGGGGGCUUCUUGAAGAAGACGCUGUUAAAUUUUGCGUACUCCCACAAACUGAGUAAUUUGAAAGGCGGGAGUAAGACAGACGAGGCAUCUCCACUCAGUGACAAGCUCGUCUUCAGCAAGGUAAAGCAAGGGUUGGGAGGAAAUGUAAGUUGCUGAAUGUUACGACGUUUUCUGCUUAACCUACGAUCUCAAGGCUGGAUGGAAAUGGCUCAACUUAUAUGUGGAGGUUGCAGAACUUUGCUUGUCAGAUGCUCUUGCUGUCAUACUGUGAACCUGGCACCAGCAGCUGCUUUCAUUCGGAUUUUUUCUUGCGGAAGUGAAGAUCAUGGAUCCAACUAGGGAUAAGGGCUAUCAAAACUUCUUGAUGGAUGCUGCUGCGGAUAUAAUAGGACCCAAGAGAUCUUUUUCAAAGGUUGGAGUUGGUGGUCACAUUUUUUUUUUAUUUGUAAUUAUUAUAUGUAAAGCUGUAGAGAUUUUCCCCCUUGCAUAUAUUUCUUCGUUUGGGCUCUGUUGGGCUAUAAUUUGGGCUGUAAUUUAUUAUGGGCUCGCUUGGCUCUAAUUUAUUUUAGGGUCGUUUGUACUCUAAGGCCCGUUUGCACUUUGUUCUUUUUUAGGUUAAAACUUUUAGGUUUUGUCUUGACUUUGCAGCAAGAAUACAGAU